AUGGUACUGAGUAUUCUUCUUCUGUGCUUACUGCAACAGACAUUAGCUGUGCUGGUUCCAUGGCUAGAUGACGAUCCUUUUGUCGAAAGUAGAAUACAAGCAAAUAAAUUAGGGUUUGGACUUCCGCCGGUAGUGCCUCCAAAUGAAAUUACAGACGAGACUCGCAGCUUACCAUAUGAAGGCUUUGUGCCGGACUACGUGAUAGAGAAUUGUCCUCUGGUUCAUCUUUACAGUGAGGAGGUAUAUUGGCCCGCAGAUGUUUCUGACUUCAUUCAGCAUUUCAGAGUUCAGACCGAAAAUGGCUCAAUAGUCAAAGACGCACCUUUGAAACUUAAAGACCUGAAGGCCGGUUUCCGGGUUUCUGAAAAAUCGAAAACCCUCUUACCCAGUGAAGAUACAUUUUUAACCGCACUUGACGAUUUUAACAAAGACCCUCGCUGGCUGCUAGGCCAUAAGCCAGAUUACAGUAGCGGUCAUAUCAAAGAUGCGCCUGCAAUACUGAUAGUGGUAGAUAAGGGAAACGGGUGGGUUGACGCUUACUGGUUUUAUUUUUACUCUUUCAAUUUAGGAGCCUUUAUUAUGGGGUAUGGGCCAUGGGGUAACCAUGUCGGGGAUUGGGAGCACUCAUUAGUGCGUUUUUAUGAGGGCAAGCCGCAGUAUCUAUGGAUGAGUGCACAUGGUGGUGGCGGGUGUUACAAAUUCGAUGCGGUGGAGAAAAAAGCCCGCGUGCAAUACAAAGGCACCGAGCCUACCUCUAAAAUUUUGGAGAGGCCGUUGAUUUUCAGUGCAAGAGGUACUCAUGCUAAUUAUGCAUCUGUGGGCCAGCACGCCCAUGACGUCCCGUUUUUCUUUAGUGCACUAAGCGAUUUUACUGAUCGCGGUCCGCUCUGGGAUCCUUCUCUGAACUACCUUGGUUACACUUUCAAUGGUACUGCUGUCACGCCCGUAUCAGAACGUGAGGAAGAACUGGGCACCGAGUGGCUAGAUUAUCUCGGUCGCUGGGGCGACAAACAGCUGAAGUGGAACGAUCCACGGCAGAAAUGGUGUCCUGUGCAAUGGCGUUUCAUCGAUGGACCAAGAGGACCCUUGGCUAAAAACCUUGACCGUACUGGACUUUGUCAGCGUAGCAAGUGGUGGAAUUUUUGGGACGGAUGUCCUGCCAGAAGAAGCAUCAAGCGUGGACAGGGCCUGGAUGCCGAGCACAACGACUUGGUUGGUGACAACUGUGGGAUCCUGCUAUACAGGAUUCGUCCAAGAUUUCUGCGCUCUCUCGCUAGACUAGUUAUGUGGCGUGGUGUGGCAUGCUUUACGAUGGAUUAUUUUACAGGGUAA